AUGCGUUGGCUCCAUACAGUACUUCUGCUAGCUACGGCUGUUUCUGCUACUUUGAAUCUGAAACAGUAUAAAUCGUCGUUCUCGCAAAAGCAGUACUCGAAUCCAGAGGAUGCCAUACCUCAGAAUGUUGUGAGCAAGGCUCAAGGAGAGCCAAGGUUUCUCACCGACAAGACUCGGAAGUUCGUGGUCAACGGCACCAAAAUACCAGAAGUCGACUUCGACGUUGGCGAGUCGUACGCAGGACUGCUCAACAUUGACAAGAACAAUGAUACAGCCGGGAAACUAUACUUCUGGUUCUUCCCGUCUGAAAGCCAGGCAGCGGAUAAAGAGAUUCUGAUCUGGCUGACAGGGGGUCCUGGGUGCUCCUCAACUGGAGAGCUUCUCUCGGAGAACGGGCCCAUGCUCUGGCAACCUGGAAUGUUCAAACCCAUCAGAAACAAAUGGAGCUGGCAUCGGAUCACCAAUGUCGUUUGGAUAGAUCAGCCUGUCGGCACAGGCUUCUCUCAGGGCACGCCAAAUGCGAAGGACGAAUUUGACGUCGCCCGACAAUUCCUGGGGUUUUGGCGCAACUUCAUCGACACCUUCGCUAUGCAGGGUUACAAAAUCUAUGUCACAGGCUCAUCUUACAGUGGCAUGUACUGCCCGUAUAUUGCUAGCGCCAUGGUCGACAGUAACGACAAAAACUAUUUCAAUAUCGCGGGUAUGCAGAUUUUUGAUGGAGUAUACUCAGUCGACAGCAUAGGCGAGGAGAUCCCUGUGGCUUCAUUUGUUGAUCGGUGGGAUCACGUGCUCGCAUUCAACGAUUCCUUCCGCAAGACAGUGAAAGAUGCGGACGAAAAGUGUGGCUAUAAAGAUUACAUGAGCAAGUAUCUUGUCUAUCCACCAGUUGGGCUACAGCCAGGAACCCCUCCAGGAGUUGAUGCCGAUGGAAAUAUCAAGCCAGAGUGCGAUCUUUGGUCUAUGGUUCUGAACGCCGCAACGGAGAUCACGCCGUGCUUCAGCGUUUACACCGUCACUAAUUUAUGUCCGCUCAAAUAUGAUCCGUUGGGCUUCAGUGACGGCACGAUGUACAGACCCAAGGGCGCUGGACCUGUAUACUUCAACCGAGAGGAUGUCAAGCGUGCCAUCAAUGCUCCUGUGGACAAGGAAUGGGUAUUCUGUACAGAUACGCCAGUGUUCUUCAAUGGAACAGACAACUCCAUCAAAGAAGGACCCGGUAGCCAACCUGUGCUGCCCAACGUCAUUGACAAGACACGCAACGUUAUCCUUGCACAUGGCACGAAAGACUUUGUACUUAUCGACGAUGGUACGCUUCUUUCAAUCCAGAAUCUGACUUGGGGCGGACAAUUGGGAUUUCAGUCAAAACCAACGGCGCCGCUUUAUGUGCCCUACCACAAUAACAACAACCCAGAGACCCUUGCCGGCGCAGGCGUAAUGGGAACAGUACACUCUGAAAGAGGGUUAACAUACAUUGCUGUCUCUACAGCGGGUCAUUUUCUGGCACAGGAUGCGCCUGCUGUUGCGUUCCGCAGUGUUGAAGUUCUUGUGGGAAGGAGAGAUGGGUUCGAGUCGACGAAUACGUCUUUUACUAUCGAGGGUAACGCCACGAUGCCGACGGGAGAAGUUGGUAACGGUACUGUGGUGAUGUUUCCACAGUCUAUGGAUCCCCAGUGCGGCCAGCUCACUGGAGCCGAGCCGAAAAGAAGCAACGGAAUAAAAAGUUGGCUGGUGGAUGGCCAAUUGAUUUUUGCUUCGGCUAUGAUGGCUAUCCUGGUUGUGUUCAUGGGAUCCUGA